CUCAUCACACAGAUCGACGGCAACUGAAGCUUCAAGACAAAGAGAACGAGACACUAUAAAGUGUAAAAUGAUUUGGUGCGGCUACAAGGAUGUUGUAAACCAACUGAAUUUCGUGUGGACCACGUUAAUCUUGGCGCUAUCCGCACUUUUUAUCGGCUACUUGCGAUAUUUUCAUCUCCAAUCAUUGAUAACAUGUUGGACACCGGCCCAUUUCGGUGACAUUGAAAAUGCCUAUGUGCAUCAAACAUGUUGGGAAAGAGACACUGCUUACGCGCUACAACUGAAUGAGCCACUUCCGGUUGAUUUAGAAGAUUAUGGCAAUUCUAGACCGGUUGUACAUACCUGGAUACCAAUUCUUCUUAUUUAUUUGAUUAUUGGUUUCAAGAUACCGGAAGCCAUCAAAGUCCUGCUCGAUCUUUGCACGGGAUCUCAACCCAAGUCAUUGGUUGCUUCAACAGAUUCAUGGGAAGGGAGAUGUGCAAGUUUGGCUGAAUGUGGUCGAGAUAUCGUACAAAGAAAUGGAAUAGUCAAGACCUUGUCGUUUUUCUUGGUGAAGAUAUUCAUUCUCAUCAACCUGGUAGCCCAGUUCAGUUUCAUUCGAAUCUUUUUUCGUGAUCAAAUGAUGAGCAACAAUGUCACUGUUAAUGUUUUACCCAAAUAUCUUCUGUGUGAUUUCAAAAUUCGACAAAUACAAAACGUAGGAGAUUAUGUGGUCCAGUGCGAGUUUCCAGUAAACACUUUGUACGAAGUCUUUUUCAGACUAUUUGGUUAUUGGGUUCUUGGUGUUGGAUUGUUGGCCGGUGCUAUAUUCCUGUUCCAGAUUGGUACAUUAAUGGUUCCAUUGUUUGUUGCCAUCAGAUUCCGUGGAAUUAUUCCUGAAAAGGAGUUGAAAUUGAGAGGUUUUUCUGUUGAUGAUGCGUUGUUAUUUUUAGAAGAGGUAAAAGAUGAAUUUGGAGUCGCCAUGGCCAGAAGCGUUGCUUCAAAGAUGUGGCAAAAUCCAAAGACGGUUCGUAAUGGUGAACAUCAGGAUCCGAUGAACGAAUACAAUUCUGGUGAUGCAAGUGUUUACCCUUUGUUAGAUAGACCUCCUGCAACUGACAAGCAUACAGAAAACGCAUAAAUCGAUCGAAAACAACACAAUUGUAAUGAAAUUGGCUGGAGUACAAGGUGCUGUCAAGAGGUUUUCUAGAAUUUUCAUAUGUAUCAUUCGACUAAUAUCUGACGAUCUUUGCGACCUAUAGUUUUGGCGGAAUUGCAUGACUCACGGCUGUCAGACUGAAGUUCGGUACUUGAUGGUGAAUUUUUGAUACACAUAAAGGUUUGAAAAAAAAAACUUAUGAACUACAUUUAAUGUGCGAAUAGAUGAGGUGCGUUUUCCGCAUACGUCAGGGGUUCAUUUAAGAAACGACCCAGAAAACAAUAUUGACCUUAUUGCAAAUUGCGUAGUGUAUUUAAAGGGACAGAUGCGCCACGGAAUUUUUUUAGCCAAGCCACAGCUCACUGCGAAAUUAGAGCCUUCAAAUCCAUGUGUGUUAAGAAUUAUCCGCUUUUGAAUGUUAAAAUGACGACUCGUCAAGAUAAGAUAUUCUGUGAUAUACAGAAAAGACAUUUAUAUAAAUAGUGAGUAAAAUUCCCAGUUUGAAGUAUUUUUCGUACAUUUCGUACUUCUGAAGACUAUUUUCAUAUAUUCAAAUCUAAAAUCAAGCCCCCAAAAUGUAACUGCCCCUUUAAAAUCUCUGGCAAGCCAAGACACGACUUCAGCUUCUCAGGAUUCUUAUCUUUAUGACUUAUUUACCCUUACCAUAACAUGUUUUGUAACUUUCAUAUUAUUAUUGUGAACUAGUUGUAGUUUGUAAAUAAAAGAGUAUUAAAAAGU